AUGACACCGACACUAACAGACCCGUUCGAUCUCCUACAAUACAAAACGUCGGUGGCCCAGCAGCGACGAUGGGUUCCCUUUUCGAAAUCGGACGACAACGAGAAGAACGACUUCUACCGCCAGCAGAAUGAGAUGAUCGACGGGUUCCUGGGAAGUGCCGACGAGGAGCGCCUCAAGGCCGAAGAUACCGCCGAGAACGGGGGCAAGGUGAAGCUGGCGGUGCGCGCCAGCUUCGUGGUCAAUUUCUGCCUCUUCGUGAUCCAGCUCUACGCGGCUAUCUCGACGGGCUCGCUCUCCCUGUUCGCUACCGCUGCCGAUGCCUUCAUGGAUCUCGUCUCGUCCAUCGUCAUGCUGAUCACGUCGCGCAUGUCCUCGCGUCCCAAGCCAUACCAGUACCCCGUGGGACGAAGACGUAUCGAGACGAUGGGGGUUAUCAUGUUCUGUGCCCUGAUGACCACUGUGGCUGUGGAGCUGAUCAUCGAGUCGGCCAAGUCGCUGGCCGCGGGAGAGUCGGACUCCGAUGACCUCGCCACGGUGCCGAUUAUCUGCGUUGGCGUGGCCAUUUUCUCCAAGUUGAUGCUGUGCAUAUACUGCUAUGGCCUGCGUCGCUACCCGGCAGCUCACGUCUUCUUCAUCGAUCAUCGCAACGACCUCGCUGUCAAUGGUUUCGGUCUGAUCAUGUCCGUUGUGGGUGACCGAUUCGUGUGGUAUCUUGAUCCUAUCGGAGCAUGCUGCAUUGCCCUUUUGAUUCUGUUCUCGUGGGCGUCGACUGCGUUCGAGAACAUGUGGCUGUUGGUCGGGAAGUCUGCCACCCGCGAGUUCCUGAACAAGGUUGUCUACGUGACUCUGACUCAUGAUUCGAGGAUCGAGAAGGUUGAUACCUGCCGCGCAUAUCAUGCCGGGCAGCAACUCUAUGUCGAGGUAGACAUCGUCAUGGACCCGGAGACCAAGCUGCGUGAAUCCCACGACGUCAGCCAAGCGCUACAGCGCAAGUUGGAGGGACUUGCCGAUGUUGAGCGGGCAUUUGUGCAUGUGGACUAUGAUUAUGCUCAUGACAUCCACGAGGAGCACAGGCCUUUGUAUGAUCCAGUCGGGUCCGAUUCUUCUAUCAGGGGCUUGGUGAAGCGGUUCUUGUUCAAGGAUGAUCAGAAGGUUGAUCAAAAUGGGUCAGCCGUUUAG